GCAAAAAUGGAUGAGAAGAAGGAGAUGGACGAGAAACAGCAGACAGAGGCGAAGGAAGCCACGAUAGCUGUUGCUGCUGCUGCUGCUGAUCCUUCGGAUGGUGGUGAUGCGGAGAAGGCAGCGUCCGCACCCAAAGCAGCGAAAGCAUCUGAGGCAUCUUUCUCUCCCUCUCCCCCUCCUCAUCCCCCGGGACACGCUCACACACAAGAUGACAGCAAGCGUGACGCCAGCCAGAAGCAGCAGCAUCCGCAGCCAGCACAGCCUCCUGCCGAGGCUCCUCCCCUUUUCGUCAAGCCUCGCGCAUUCACCAAAGGCCGAGUCCGCAAGAGAGAGCGAGACGACCACGACCAAGACCAAGACCAGAAGCAACGACCGACGACAUCAGCUGGCGAUGGAGAUCUGGAUCAGGAGCCGCACCAUCAGGAGAAGGGCAGCAUCGGGGAGGUGCAGAUGCUGCAGCGGAUGCGCGAGCGGCGGAAGGGGCUGAGUGUGGAGGUCAUGAACACUACCAUGGCGAGGGAGAGGGAGGAGGAGAAAGCUGCCGAAGAGGUAGCUGGGCUGCACACACACUCGCAGCCAGACAGCCAGCCAGCCAGCCAGACAGACAGACAGGCACGAUGAACAGAAUCGAACACAUCACACAGACGAGAGGCUCGAUGGAUGGACGCUUGAUAUAUAUGUGUGUGGUGUGUGUGGUGUGUAUGCCAUAUGUAGGAGGAGGAGCAGUACGGCCUGUUGGAUCGGCAGUUUGCCAGCGCCGGGAUGGGCGGGGCGGGCAGGAGAGGCAACGAGGCCAUGGACCAACACCUGUAAGCCAAGCCAACCCAAGCCAUCCUCCCACCCGUCAUGCUGUCGUCAUUACAUUGCCCUGUGUGCGUGGUGUGUGUUGUCUGUCAGCGAGGAGUUUUUGCGGGAGCGUUUGGAUGUGACGGAGGACAAGGGCGAUGAGGCGCCUCAGGAGAAGACGCGCGAGCAGGAGCUCUACGAGAUACCCCCCGAGCUCAGGGUAAGUGGACCGUGUCUGUCGGUGCCACGCAGGCACAACACAGCUGUGCGUGUGGUUUGUGUGUUGUGUUGUGUUGUUUGACCGGACAGAUCAAGGAUGCGACCGAGGAGCAUGCCGAGAAGAUGAAUUGGGUCACAGGCCUGGUCGAGGUGCCGCUGCCCAUCGAGUAGGCAAUGACACCGUCAAACCCACAAUACACACAGCAACCACACCAGACAGACACACGAGUGCAUCUGUCUGUGUGUGAUUGUGUGAUUGUGUGAUUGUGUGUGUGUGUGUGUUAAAGGUACAAGCUCAAGAACAUCGAGGCGACAGAGAAGGCCAAGCGCGAGAAGCUGCAGCUGGGCGGACAGAGCGUCGCUGCGUCGGGACGGCCCUGGGCUCCUGCUGCUGCUGCUGGUGGUGCUGCUGCCGCUGACGGUGUGUACCCAUUACCCAUCCAUCCACCACUCACACAACCAUUUUCCACCACUGUGUGUGUGUGUUGUGUGUUGUGGCAUGUGCAGCAGGUGAUGAGGGUCUGGAGGUGGUGCACAAGGCGUUCGGCUCCCGCUUCUUCAACCCCCACAGACCCAAGUCACAGGUGGGUGGGUGGGUGAGUCAGUCAGUCAGGGGCACAAGACAUGUGGCUAUCUAUCGUGUGUGUCUCCGAUGUGUGUGUCUGAUAUGUGUGUAUGUCAGAUGGCGACGGACGACCAGACGCUGGAGAGGUUUCGGAAGCGGUUCAGGGGCCGAUAGAUAGGCUGAUACAUAGAUUUGACUCACUCGUGAGAUUGAUGAGACCAGGCCGGUGGUGCAGACGGAAGAAACACUAGAAAUGAGACUGGAUAAGCUCCACUAUCGUGGCGAUUCCGUGAGCCAGGCGGGACCAAGUGGGCGAGGUGGUCAUCUCCACCCUCACCUGCAUGGUCUGGACGGGCUCGUGAAGUCGCUACGAUCGUGGAGUUCAUCUCACUUGCAGCGAAACAACACGUGUGUGUGAUGUCCUGUCUUCUUGACUUGAGUGUCUUAUUGAGUACAUCUACAACAGACAGACAGAAAUGAGCAACAAACGGC